AUGAACUUGAUUGAUACUGGAACAGAUCCUUGGAUCAUUGAAUAUAAUGCUUGUGAAAAUGUUGCUAGAGAAAUAAUGGAAAGUUUAAAUCUUAGGAACAGCGAAGAAAAUUAUGGUUCCUCUUAUGAUGCUCUCUCAGCAAAAAUUAGAAUCAGAUUAAAACAAUUUGAUUCUGAAGUAAAUGAUUUAAAAAGAAAAUUAAAUUUAUCUAGCACAGUUAGUACAUUAACUCCUGAAGAAAAAGAAAGGAGGCAAAGACAAGUGGAAGCUUUGAUUAGUAAACAAAUACAGUUAGAAGAUUGUUUAAAUAAAGCUAAAAAAAAUAGACAUUUUGAACCGAAUUACAGUAAAUCACGAUCAGAAUUAUUUGAUAGUAAAAAUAAAAAUUCAAAUUUAGGAGAAUCGAAUUCGUCGAAAUUAAACCAUUCGGAUGACAAUUAUAGAGAUUUAGAUGAUUUAAAAGCAGAACAAGAGAAAUUACUUAAAGAACAAGAUCAAGGAUUAGAAAAUUUAUUAAAAAUUGUUUCCGCUCAAAAACAAAUUGCAACAAGCAUCAAUGAUGAAGUUGAACAUCACAAUGAAAUCUUAGUCGAUAUUGCUGAUGGUAUGGAAAGAGUAGAUGGUAGAAUCAAUAGAGCAACUGACAUGGUUCAAGUAAUAAACAAAAAAGAAAGCAUUUGGGGUUAUUGGUUAGUUGCCAUUCUUUUAUUCAUUGCCAUACUAGGAGUUUCGUUUGCAUAA